AUGCCCAAGUCGAACAAGCACAAGAAGGCGCGAGUCGCUGAUUUUACGGUCAGUUCUUCAUCUACCACGUUCACCUAUACCCCAUCGAUCGCGAUCCAAAGUCGAAGCCUCCGCCGGUCCCCACUUGCCGAGCCACGCUGCGAAGCUCCUGAGCUGCGGUGCGAAAUGAUCGACCGAGCCCGACGGCGGCGAUCAGCGCGGCCCACUGCGACCGAGUGCACCACAUCCAGCUCACUCAGCCAACCAAUCCUCACAGAAAGCCAAACUCAAGCUCGGCAAGGGCAAGCAGGUCGCCAACAAUGCCACAAACACCACCAUAUCCUCAAAGAGUACGGUCCACCUCCGCUCGAGUGUCGUCGAGCACCGGCGUGCAGGGACACUACCCUCAACUGACACCUCUCACACCUCUCACACCUCUCACACCACUCACACCGACCUACCACAGCUAUCGGACUGCCGAACCAAUCCUUGUCCGAAUUCGCAAAGACGGAACCCGUAUCGCGGCGCAACCACACCUUGAGCGAGCUGCUCGUCCAAUCGCGCCACUACUCGCUCCCCGUGCGCAAGGAAGCCCUCCUCGAGAUAGACCAGCUUCUCACUUCCCACCCCCACCUGCUGCACCAACACCUCCUCCCACUCGUCUCGUGCAUCGCCCAUCUCCUUUCCGACACCUCUGCCGGCGUCCGAGCUUCGACCCGAGCUUUGUUCGUCAAGAUCGCCGACCGUCUCGAUCUCGAAGCCCUCAAGGGCGUAUCCAAAGGUCUCAUUCUGUUCAACAUCUCCAGUCUGAGCUCGCUGGACCAAGACGUCAAGAUCGACGCGCUCAAGGUGCUCGACAUCCUUCUAGAAAAGAUCCCCGACGAGAUUGUCCGAGGAUGGGAUGCCCAGGCCCAUAGUCAUGAUCGAUCGGCUUUACAAACUGCAGAAGCUAGUCUAGAGGACAAGGGAGUGGGAGGCAAGGUCGUUGAGGCGCUGUUGGGGGUGCUGAGGGUGCGCAAUCCGGGGUUGGCGGCUGCUCAGGGCAGCUUCACCUCCACAGCCUCGAGUGACCUCUCUCCUGCUGUCAGUUGCUCGUGACGUCUCUUUGGCCGAAUCGUAAUCGACACUGACAUUUCAUUGGACCUUCUAGUCCCGUCUCGCUGUGCUCUCGACCUUGGCCAGAUUCUUGCAAGUCGCUCUAUCGCCAGCCACCCCUGUCGCCUCGACCUCGACUUCGAGGCCCGUAUCGCAGCCGUGGUACUUUUCGAGUUCCUUCUCGUCGAAUCGAUUCUAUGAAAAUUUCAUCGCCUCUUUCCCACCUUCUACUGCAUCCGUAACGAGGAUUCAAGAUGAUAACUAUGAAGGUCAUUCGAUCGAGCCAUACCCACUCGCGUUUGAGAACUUUGACCUGGACUUUUCGCUCGACACGUUGGGCUUGGUCCACCCGGCUCCUGCAGCCUACUCGACCCCUUCUACGACUGCCUCGACCAACCCGACACUCUUAUCUAUCCUCCAUCCGACUCUACUAUCCUCCUUCCUCGAUGCUGCUCCGGCCGCCUUCUCCCCUACCGAAUCACUAUCUUCGAGCACUUCCUCCAGUUCUGACCUCGCAGCCAUCGUCGCCGUCGUAAGCGUGGCGCAGUCGCUCUACCAAAGGGAACUAGGUCGAUCCUUCGCCUCGGAGUCGACGUCUUCAAGUACGAACGAAGCGAGAAAAUCGCUCGUUAUGCUCUUGGGUCAUGCAGCGGCUUAUUUCCCCUUUGGGUCCGACGAUCUGCGUGAACGUUCGAACGAAGCCAAGAACCAACUCUUGUCUCUCAAUCUAUCCUUCUCCGCCCUCGUCUCCCUUCUCGUACUCAACGAUUCUUCCGAGGUGUCCCAUCCGAACGCGACAAGGGCCGCAGCAGGGAAGCAGAAGAAAAAGACCGCAACCAAGCAAAGGAAACAAGAAGAACUCGGCUCCAAGAUCGAACUAAUGGUCCAAAACGUCGAAGAAUGGGUCAUUGACGCGUUGAAAGGGGAACUCAAAUCGACGAGUCAACCUUUGGGAAUGACGCUGGGCGUCGAAGCGAUCGAAUGUUUGAUACCUACGAUUUGGGCCUUGUUGAACCGGUCGGCUUCGACUUCGGGGCUCAAGAGUGGGGUUGUGGAUCAUGAACGGACGACGGCGAAGGAGAGAGAAAGUGCGUUAUGGAAGGUUGUGUUGUAUCAUUUUGAUAAGGCGAAUGCGGGAGGGGAGACGAAGAAGUUGAGCUUCUUGUUCAUCGCGAGGAUUGUCAUGGUGAGCGGUUUGUUCCGAGGUGCUUUCGCUUUGAGGACGACUGACUUACUCGGUCCCGCCCUUUUGACAUAGUUACAAUCCGACCCAGCCUACAUCGAUCGAUUCACAAUUCCGUCCGCCUCGUCUUCGUCAGGAUCGUCGAUUGACAAGUGGCUCCUAUCGCUGCCCAAGUACCUCUGGGAACUCGGGACCAAGCACCCCCAGACUUCGGAGAUGGUCUUGACCUUCCUGCUCAAGACGGUCGCUACCUCUUCCGUCGAUGGGGAGGGCGUGUUUUCGAAAUCAGUGAGUUGCUCAUCCUCAGUUGCCGCUCUCGUUCUACUCAAAACUGACGCUCUCUUCCUUCCGCCCGAGUUUAGACCAUCACAUCCCUCACCGGUGUCCUAGCCCCAUUCUUCCACGUAUCCCACCCGACCCGAGGCUCCAUGUACGGACCCUUCAUCAAACUGCCCAAACCAUCGCAAGAUAAAGCCAUCGCGUUGUGUUGGUAUCUACAACGUUUUCCUGGGGUCGGGAAUGUGGGGAGUCUGAAGCAGAGCUUGGAAAUGUGCUUUAGGAGGAUGAAAAAGGCUGGGAUGGGGGCGAAGUAG